CCAAGAAGCUCAACUGUCUGAAGAUUGGUUCGGUUUCAAAUUGCCUAUUCCACACGAAGAAGAACCAAUUGUACACGUAGAAGGACAGAAAAAUGUAAACAAACCAUUCUGGAAACGAUUAACUAGAUCUGCAGAGUGAAAACCGUUGCUGGUGUCAUUGGCAUUUUUCGUGUGCCAACAAGGAUCUGGAUUUUACGUGGUUUUGUUCUAUUCAGUGGAUGUACUCAAGGACUGCCGUGUGCAUGUUGACGGUAUGAAAGCUAACGUAUUCUUGUCCGGCGCUUGAACGACAGCCAGUAUCUUCAACUUGUUGCUACAGUCUGUACCAAAAAAAAACUCUCAAUCUAAUUAGGCUCGGUUUUUCACUAGCAGCGUUAUGGCUUACCAACAAGUCGUCGUUGGUGGAGCCAUUGGAUUUUCAGCUAUACUUUUGGCACAACUCCGGUAUCCUCAGUCGCCCAUAAAAAUAAACAGUGAUGAAGCUUCGUGGAUAGCUAGUCUGACUACAUUGCCUUGUCCUAUAGGUUCUCUGAUUAUCGGAUAUCUCACCGAUACGAUAGGCAGAAAAAACGCUUUACAGUUUUCAUACAUACCGUUGAUCCUUAGCAUGACCGUUCUUUGCUUUGCAAAUUCAUUGACAGCAAUAUACGCUGCUAGAAUUCUCGCAGGUUUGUCUCUCGGCACAGGAGGUCCGAUAUAUGCUUACAUAGCUGAAACAAGCCCUACUAAAUGGCGUCCAUUGUUUUCAUCACUAUUUUCUUUUUAUGUCGGUUUGGGUAUGACUUUGGCAGCAAUACUUGGCAUAUUCUUCCAUUGGCAGAUGAUCGCCGGUAUCUUUAGCAUUCUGAGUGUAAUUGGUCUCAUCAUGCCAUUCGCCAUACCAGAAACAUCAGCUUACUUAAAAUCUCGCGGUUUGGACAAAGAAGCUCAACUUUCUGAAGAUUGGUUCGGUUUCAAAUUGCCUUUUCCACACGAAGAAGAACCAAUUAUACCCGUAGAAGAGCAGAAAAAUGUAAACAAACCAUUCUGGAAACGAUUAACUAGAUCUGCAGUGUGGAAACCGUUGCUGGUGUCAUUGGCAUUUUUCGUGUGCCAACAAGGAUCUGGAUUUUACGUGGUUUUGUUCUAUUCAGUGGAUGUACUCAAGGACUGCCGCGUGCCUGUUGACGGUAUGACAGCUAACGUAUUCUUAUCCGGCGCUCGAACGGCAGGCAGUAUCUUCAACUUAAUGCUACAAUCUGUACCAAAAAAAACACUCACAAUCUUAUCAGGCUCGGGUAUGUGCUUGAUGUUGUCAACUAUUCUCAUUUACUUACACGUGUUCACUGACAUGGUCGACCCUCCCUAUUCCGGACUUCUUAUUUACGCAUUUGUGUUGUAUGUAUUCUUUGCCAUGUUUGCCGUGUUGCCACUACCAUGGAGCAUUUGUGGUGAAAUAUUCCCCAUGUCAGUCAAGGGUACCAUGACUGGAUUACUGUACUCGAUUGGUUAUGAGCUCAUGUUUUUUAGUAUUAAAGUGUAUCCAUCUUUGGUAGCCAUGAUGGGCAUUGAAUGGGUCUGGACAAUUUUUACUGGUUUUUGUUUGGCAACCGCAUUGUUUGGAGCUUUCAUCCUACCCGAAACUACUGGCAAGUCUCUAGAGGAAAUCCUAGACAACUUUAAAUGCCAACCUAAAAGUGCAAAGAAACCGUUGCCAAUUUAACACAAUAUUCCUCUAUUCUUUUCUACUCCAAUUCACUGGGUGCACAAACAAAAUCUCGAAUUAUACUUGGAAUGAUAUCAAUCUUCAUGUUUUGGACAAAUGGCGGGUCAAUCUAGUCAUUGUGUAAAUAAAAAAACCCGGUUCAUUAUGAUCAUGAGGUGCUAUUUGAAUUUGUAUAAUAUACAAUGUAUAUAUAUAUGUAUAUAUUUUAUUUGUUUGGAAUCACUUCAAAGUUAAAUUUAAAUAAAUAUGGUAAUUUCAUAUUUUUUGAAGAUAAAUUUUAUGCCACUAAGUAUUCAUAUUUUUAGUUUAAAAUAACUAUAAAUAAAAUUUUUUGAAAAAAAAUUGUAAUUAAUGAUUGUUUCAUUAUGAUUCUUAAAACAAUUAAUGAUUAUAAAACAUAUAUAUUUAUACUGUGAUAAUUUUAUGUUAAUUUGUGAAUAUUAAUGAUAAAUUAUAUAAAUAAAACAUCUUCUUGAUUAAUAUUAAA